AUGGCCUCGACAUCUGCGCCACUGGUAUUCUUUCUCCCGGUUUUAUGGAGCCUAGCCUUAACGCGGGAGUCUCCAGUGUGGGUGAACACCUCCUCUGGCAGCCUGUCCGUGCUCCCCUGCCCCUGCCCCCCCUCCCCGCUGCUGCUGCUACAGUGGCUGCGGGUUGACCUGAAGCACGACGGCUACGUGUACGACAAGCGGACUGUGUACAUGCAUCCGCGGUACCGGGGCCGCGUGCAUCUCAGGGGCCCCCAGCCACACGCCUGUGACUUGGAGCUGGUCAACGUCAGCUCCAGCGACUCGGGCCAGUACAUUUGCAUGGCGCUGAAUAGGGGCCCUGCGGGGGGCUCAGCGGGGGGCCGCACUGAGCUGAAGUCCCGCUAUGUUGUUGAGCUGAGGGUCAAAGAUCUAAGUGGUGGAAACAACCGGGAUCAGCGGGUGGAAGACAACCCCCCCAGGAGGCCGCUCUACGGAGAAAUUGCACUCGCAAUUCAGGAGAUCUUCAGCCCCCUGACCCUCACCCUUGCCCUGGACCGCCUGCACUAA